CCACUGCAUGCCGUAAACGCGUCAAUCUCCUGUGCACGGCAGCCAGCCCGCCCUCCGGCCACGUCCGACGGUGACGUAUUAAAUGGAGGAGAGAAUGGGACCCGCCAAAUGUGAAUCCGAGGCCGAGACACCCACCCACUAUCCUACACACUCUCUCCUCGCACGGAACCGCUCUGCCUCAUCCCUCCACCAAACCCUAGCCUCGCUUCUUCCCGUCUCCCACCUCUCAGCCCCCCCAUCUCUCUCUCGAUUUCUUGCCUGCCCAUCUCCAAGAGGAAUUAGUGCGGUGUUCCCCUCCCUGUCAUUCUCGAUCAAUCAGCAGGCAAUGGGAGUCGCAGAGCACGCCGAUGUGCCUCCAAAUCCAGGAUGGAUUCCGCAUCUGGAUAUGCAGUUCGAUAAUGAAGACGCGGCGUAUGCUUUCUACAAUUCGUAUGCUGCUUGUGUCGGAUUCAGCGUCCGGAAAUCGAAAAUGUGGACGACUUCCAAGGAUGUUCUUGCUGCCAGGACGUUGGUGUGCUCCAAGCAGGGCUUCCGCCAGAAGAAGAAGGGGUUCGAGCCGAAGAAGCCUCGGCCAGCGACGAGGACGGGUUGUCCUGCGUGCAUGACCAUCAAGAUUACUCCUAGUGGUAGAUAUCGUGUGACCGAAUUCGUGCCGGAUCAUAACCACCUGCUCGCGAACCCGUCGACCGCUCGCUUGCUCAGAUCCCACCGGGCAAAGGUCAAGGAAAGAAUUGCGGGUGAUUCAGGGAUGCCACCAGAUUCCAGUGAUAAACACCAGUUGAAGCGUAGGAAGGCAAUGCCGGUGGGUGAUGCAGGUGCCGUGCUGGAAUACCUUCAAAGGAUGCAAGUUGAGAAUCCGUCGUUCUUUUAUGCUGUCCGAGUUGAUGGGAAUGAUAGCAUUGCUAACUUCUUUUGGGCGGACGCAAAGUCCGUAAUGGACUAUCAGUACUUUGGCGAUGUGGUAUGCUUCGACAUGACUUAUAAAGCAUGUGAUUGUGGAAGGCCAUUUGCAUUAUUUGUCGGUGUAAAUAAUCACAAGCAAAUGAUUAUCUUUGGUUCUGCAUUGCUUUAUGACGAAAGUGUUGAAUCUUUGCGGUGGCUGUUGGAUACCUUCAAGGAUGCCAUGCGCGGUAAACAACCAAAGACGGUUCUAACAGAUCAAUGCAUGGAAAUAACUGAUGCAUUGGUUGCAGCCUGGCCGCGUACCACUCAUCGAAUAUGUGUGUGGCAUGUGUACCAAAAUGCGAUGAUGCACCUAAACCAAGUCUUCGAAGGUUCCAAAACUUUUGCACAUGACUUUGGUCAAUGUAUCUUCGAUUGUGAAGAGGAAGAGGAGUUUGUAUAUGCAUGGAGAGCAAUGAUAGACAAAUAUGAUCUCGAUGAUAAUGAAUGGUUGGCAAAGCUAUAUGAAGAUAGGCUUACGUGGGCUUUACCUUAUGGAAAACAAGUAUUUUGCGCAGACAUCAAAAGCAGUCUACAAAAAGAAAACCUGAUCAGCCUGCUCAAGAAACAUUUGAGCCCACAACAAGAACUUUUGCCUUUUUUUGAGCAUUAUGACACAUUAUUGAAUGAGAGAAGGUGCUUAGAGUUACAAGCUGAUGCACAUGCUGGUCAAAAUAUCUUGAAAGUACCCCCUUUGCGUAUGUUGAAGCAAGCUGCAAAUGUGUACACACCUGCAGUUUUUAAACUGUUUCAAAAUGAGUUUGAGAUGUACAUGGACUGCAUGGUAUACCACUGUGGGGAUGCUGGGACAAUAUCAGAUUAUAAGGUGAUUGUUGAUGAAAAAUCUAGAGAGCAUUUUGUUAGAUAUGACUCAUCAGACAGUUCAAUUUUUUGUAGUUGUAAAAAAUUUGAAUCUGCAGGAAUUCAGUGCCGUCAUGUGUUUAAAGUACUUGACUAUAGAAAUAUCAAAGAACUUCCACCAAGAUACAUCUUGAAACGGUGGAGAAAAGAUGCUAAGCUGGGAGCUGUAACAGACCAUCACGAGUAUCCGUCUGCUGACAGUUCAAAGUCACUUAUAGCAAAUCGUGAUAACGAUUUGUGCUGCAUUUUCAGUACACUUGCAGCAAGGGCUGCAAAGACAGUGGAAUCAUUUACAUUUAUUGAAAGCCAAUCAGAGUUGCUUUUGGAACAAGUAGAGCAUAUUUUGCAAACGAGAACCUUUGAGAUACCGCAAUUGACUAUUGCCUCAAGCAUACAACCACGGAAUCUGAUUGAAAGUGUAGUUGAAAGUCUUAAUCAUGAUAAUAACACAGACACAAAUGUUAUCAUUAGUGCAGCAAAUGGUAUAUCCUUUACUUACUGAUCUACAGGUUCUGGAAAAUAUGCUUGGCACUUUGUCAAUAUCAAAUCAGUAAUUCUAAAUAUUUGCAGGUAUCUUGGGUUUCUGAUUCAUGUUUUCAACCAUUCCAUGCCAUUGCUGAAAUUCAUGCCAGAUGUAGACCUCUGACAGGGAGGACUUUGGAGGUGAGGAAUUCAUGGAAGAUUUGUCUGAGAAAGAUUGGAAAUUGCUGACUUUAGUGGAAAUGUGUUUCCCUGCAAAUGAGGCAUCUUCAGCCAUAGAUUGAUGUGGUCCAAAUGCUUCUCUUUUGGAGCUAGCAGAUUCCAUGGACACUGCACAGAUGGCAGAAGAACCCAAUUGUCAUUUAGGAGAAUCUCCUAUUUAAGGUUCUGCUGAAGAGAGGUAACAAAGGUGGUAUGCAGAUAAGACAAAUGGCAAGAGGAAAUGUUUGCUGGCUGACAAUGAAUCCAUAGACCAUGAUCUGUAUUUCAGGGCCAAUGAUUGGAUUCGGGCUUGUGAAUCAGAGGAUGCAUAUUGCAAACAGAAAGAUACCUGAGGCAGCGACAGGUCCACCAUACUUCUAAAAUGUGGCCCUGGCACCAAAAGGCAUUUGGCAAGCAAUCUCAUGAUUCUUGUAUGACAUGGAGCCAGAGUUCGUGGACUCAAAAUGCUUUUGUGCUGCUGCCAGAAAAAGAGCUUAUGUUCCCAACCUGCCAUCCACAGCAGAUUUCCUCUUCAUCCUGCUCCGAAAUUUUAAUAUUCUAAAAAAUUGAUUUACUUAUUUAUCAUUUCACAUUGUGUUCGCCGACUGCAGAUUGGCAGAAAGAUUAAGCAAUACCUUAGGUGAUUCUGUUGCUAGAAUAUCAAUUCUUCAUUCUGCUCAUAUUGACGUUCUGUAUGAUGCAAGAAGUCUCCAACUGGACAAGAGCAGUGGCUUUGGUGAUUGGGAUAUUGUAGAUAUUUGAUAUGUUGUGCUACUCUUCUUCUGGCAGGCAGUGAUCGAUGCAUCAUCCUUCAUCCUGUGGAUAACAUUCCUCAAUGCACUCAAAAGCUUAACAUUCCUUAGCGCACUCAAAGGCCCCUUGUCAGUGUCCAUCCUAGAAACUAUAUAGAUGUACUUCAAGUUGAGAUAGUAAGCUGCCAAGAUUUGUGUUUAAUUUUGUUUUGAUUAUCGUAUUAGUAAUACAUAAUAAGUGAUACUGGCUUACUAGGUAGAUGCAAGUCCUUGCUUAUCUGGGUAGCUUAUCUCACCUGAAAUGAUGUUGAUGUAAUAAUCAACAUGCAUGAGAUCAGCCUCUUUGAUCUCUUCCUUGGCUGUCAUCUUCAUGGGGCAGAGGAAGCCAUUUGGGAGCAUCUCUCAUUGUCAGCAGUUAAGCAAAUGAUAAAGUGGUGUUCCUUAGCCUGUUUCUAGAACCGCUAACCUGUUGAUAUCCUCUCUAUAUGGUACUCCUCCAUGCCAUCAUGGGUGUAUCAGCUCAGCAUCCACAUACUGGAACAUGGCUCAUAAUCCUAACUUCUUCUUGAUGAGGCUGCCAAGGGCAAUUAAGUGUGUGGCAAAGCAGGAUUACUCUGAUUCUAGUACUGCGCUCAACAAUCCAGUAGGAGCAGUUUCAAGGUGGAUCAGUACCUCAAUGACCAAGGACAUAUGAUGCUCUGUUCUGAAUUUGAUUCAUUAUGAUAAACUGCAACAUUGUACUGGCUUCCACUUGAUAUUAAGACGGCUUAAAUAGUGGUGGACGUUUUAUGGAUGGCCAUUGUUAACUGGCUUUGAAAUUAUUUUGCUUGUCAUCAGGAAGUAGCAGGGUUUCAAUCGGUGCUUCAUGCAACCUUUGUGCCUAUUUAGAUACCCUAGUUCACUAAUUAAGUCAAAUAGUUUGCAGAUUCAGCCUCCUUACAAACAGGCUGCUUUUGCUUCUCAGUUGCCAAAGGCCUCGAGAAUAUGAUUUGGGAGAUUUGUUCUUGCAUGACAAUUAUUUCCUUGACACCAUGAUCAAAAUGGGGGCCUAAACUUUUUGUUUCCAGCAAUAUAUCAGACAUGCGUGUACGUACGUAAUAUAGGCUGAUUGGUCGUUUGAACUGUAAUUUUUCUCAGAGAUGGCAUGGGACUUCCAACGGGUUUCUGUUACAUCAGUUGCAGGAUUGUCUUGUAAAUUUUGCAGCAUCCUGGUCUGUAUGUUUUGCAAUUGUUUCUCUAUCUAAGAUUUAAUUUUUUUUUCGUUUAUCACUUUUGUAAUUUGUUUACAAAUGUUAUAAUAGUGUUUUAUGAUGGGAUUCUGUAUGCAA